CUUAUCGGAAGAGAGAGACUGAGAAAGCUUGUACUACAAUAACACAACAUCAAGAUGAAGAUUACCAUAGCAACAGUGACCCUUCUUCUUGGUAUUUUGCAAGUUCCGUUCAUGGUGGCUAAAACAGCAGUUUCAUCUGAUCCGGAGACGACGUGUAACUCCUGCUGCCAGGGCCCAGCCGGUAUACCGGGAAUUCCCGGGUCAAAUGGGAACCAUGGUCAAGGGCUUGUAGGGUCCCCUGGUGAGGUAGGUCAACCCGGGGCUAAAGGAGACAUGGGGUCAGAUGGACUAGUUGGUGAGCCAGGCGCUAAAGGGGAUACUGGACUUAAGGGAGAUCAAGGAGUCGGUCAACCAGGGAAACAAGGACCUCUAGGUCUGCCUGGGAUGAAUGGUCUGAAUGGGGAGAGAGGUGAACCUGGACCAGCUGGACAGACCGGCGAAGCAGGUGAGCCCGGGGGAAAUGGAGACAUCGGGUCAGAUGGACUGGUUGGUGCGCCAGGCGCUAAAGGGGAUCAUGGACUGAAGGGAGAGCAAGGAGUCGGUCAACAGGGCAGAAAGGGACUUCGAGGUCUGUCUGGGAUGAAUGGUCUGAAGGGGGAGAGAGGUGAACCUGGACCAGCUGGACAGACUGGUGAAGCAGGUGAAUGUAGUACGCGACGGUCCGCCUUCACUGCAGUGAGAAAUACCGCCUUCAGCCCUCCAUCCAUAUGGGAUCCUCUGCCCUUUGAAGAGUUAUUGUUUUCAGAGGAAGGGACUGAUUUCAAGUUGAAUAACGGCACGUUUACGUGUAAUGUGCCUGGGGUAUACGUAUUGAUGUUCUCAGUACAGAAAUCAUCAAGUGGGUCUUACCUAUAUGUCCAGCUGAGGAAGAACGGUAACAGCAUUGUUACAGGGGCUUGUACAUCGAUGCAGGUCGACAUCAAGUGAGCAGCAGUGCAGUGAUUCCCCUGCACUAUGGAGAUCAAGUUCACUUAGCUGUAUACGGUCCAGUAUAUAGUGACUCUGACCAUUACACGUCUUUUACUGGAUUCCUGCUGUACGAAAUCUAAAUCAAACAUAAAAACACACGGAAACGUUUAAAUGUUUUAUAUAACGAUUUAUGUGUUUCGAAAUACAAUAAUCACCUAGUUAAUUGUGUUUAGAUGGGGCAGUUUGUUUAGAUGAAUAUAAUAAAUAAACAGUUGUUUUAAUGCAUGUAGGACAAUUAGUUUGAUUAAAAACGUUAUGUUUUAGAGCGUGGUAUGGCAAACGUGUUUAUUGUGGCGAAAACAUUAAAAUGUGUUGUUUUUUUCUGUCACGUUAAAAGUGCGAUAAAUAUCAGUUCAUCUUUUUUUUUUCUUUUUUUUUUUCAUCACAUCUUCGGGAAAAUUUUAUAUUUCUACUGUAAUUCCGAGGGUGCAAUGAUGAGUCCUUGAAACGACUCUGCGACAUUCAUUUUCCAAAAUGAAACUACGCAAUAAAAAACCGACAGUUUAGUUAAUAGUAUAUAAAAACAACUGUAACUUUAUAUUCCUUGAUGGAAUUCAUUAUGGCCGCCGGUUAUGCCUGCAAUUUUUAUUCAAACAUUUUAAAUUGGUGGAAAAGGCUGUACCCUAUUGAAGCAACAAAAUACAAAUAAUUCACCUAACAACUGGUAACAGUUGUCCUAUGUUGAUAUCUUAUGAUAUUAAACAAAAUAAUGAUAACUUCUGAUCAAAAGGUCAUAGCGUUUUAAAGUUCCUGGAAAACAUUUCUUUUGUGUCUUCCUUUCCCGAACACGUCUCGAUAUUGUGAAACAUAUAACUCUUCCUCGUAGUUUUGCGUGAGUAUGUUUUUAAAAGAGAGAGCACCUUUUUAUUGCAGAUGAAACAUUGGGUUUUCGUUUUGAACAACCUUUGUAUAAAACGUUUGAUGAUGUCACAAUAACUUGUUAAAGAGGGGAUGCACAUUUCUGUACAGCGAUUGGUUUAACCGUCAAAACGGCAUGAAACCAAUCUUGCUGUAUCAAGAAGGUUUACCAA